UUUUCCCUUAUUGCGGUUUUAGCUGUUGGCGGGUAAAAACAAAAUGGCGUCGUAGUGGACUGAAUUUGUGAUUACAGAGAUCGAUUUAUGUUAUUUCUCCUCAGAGGCUCAAAAUUGGAGCGUGACAAUGUCUAAAGUAGACAUGAAGACUCCAGCGGGCCUUCUACACAGCCUGGUUUGUAGAAUCACCGAGAAAAAAGAAGAUGACGUUUCGCCACAGUUUCAGUACGCUUUACGUGUGUUGGGAAGUCAUUUCACCCCGUCAGUUGAAAGUGAUGAAUUCCAGCUUGCCGAGAGAAUCAAAAGGAAAUUGGUGAAACAAAGAAGAGAGGGGGAUGCAGCUAGAUUUGCAGAACUCCAUCGUAAACUUCAGAGCAACAAUGUAGUAAAGAACAGAUGGGCCAUCCUCUACCUACUGUAUAACCUGAGCCAUGGGCCAGACAGACCAGGAAUCAAGAUCACAGCGGGAGAGGCCUUGUUUGGCCAGGGACUCCCCACCGAUGCCACCUCCACUCCCUUCCAUCACGUGCCCGGGAUGCCCGGACCUCUGCGUACGCCCAUGCCGUCAGGAGGGGACACCACGGGCAGCAGCGGCAUCAGUAGUAUCCACACAGCAGACAGGAGCGACCCCACACCUACUCCGCAGUCCUUCCCAGCUAGCUAUGGUCCUACCCCUGGCAUCACUCCUGCUCAGGCCGUUGCCCAGCGACAGGCGCUAGGCAACAGGCUGGCCCUGAGUCUGUCGUCACGGCAACCCCACCUGGGUAACGGGGACAUGUCGGUGGCGACCGUACCAUCUGGGAGGGGGACGGCCUCUCUGUCACUCAGGCCAGGAGCUGACAAUACUUCCUUUGAGCUGUCAGAAGCUGCCCUGUUGCGAGAUGUCCUCUUUGUCUUCCAAGGAAUCAACGGCAAAAUUAUCAAGAUGUCUUCAACAGCAGACAGAUUUUUGAUCGAUCCCAAGGUUGGAGUUCCCCAGUCUUGGAGAGACCUCCUCGGGAAGCUGUCUGAGUUAGGCUGGCUCCACAACAAGAUCCGCAAGUUUGUGGACAGUAAGAUCUCGGACAGGGCCCUGGGUCUGGUGGGACAGAGCUUCUGUGCAGCCCUGCAGCAUGAACUGACUGAGUACUACAGACUGGUGGCUGUUCUCGAUGCACAGGUCCAACAAGACCAGGACCUAGGUGUGAGUGUUGGCAGUGGAGGAGGGCUGACCCUGCGUAGGCUGGUCGUGUGGUCCUACGAACCUCUGCAGAGACUCAAAACACUGGCCUGUCUUGUCGACUCCUGCAAAGGUAAGAAAGGAGGUGCGUUGGCCUCCGUGGUCCAUUCCUACAUGCAGACAGGAGACCCUUCUCUGCGCUCGUUGGUAAAGCACACGCUGAACGUGGUGUCACAGCCCAUCUGGGAGAUCAUGGAACAGUGGAUCUAUGAGGGGGACCUGGAGGACAACUAUCAGGAGUAUUUUGUUGCAUCGGACCCGACUGUGAAAGAGGAACGACUGUGGCACGACAAGUAUUCCCUGCGCAAGUCCAUGAUCCCUGCCUUUAUCACCAGGGAACAGGCUGACAAGAUCCUGCUGAUCGGGAAGACCAUUAACUUCAUUCGCCAGGUGUGCCAGGACAGGUCCCCCUUAAAAACCAAGGCAGUGGUGAAGACUGGGGAGGCUGAGGAAGAAGGUGACCUGUUUACGAGGGAUGUAGACGGCAGUCUGCAGCAGGUGAUUGACACGGCAUAUCGAGAGACCAGUCGGAUCCUACUGGACAUCCUGCACACCAAGUACAAGUUCAUGGACCAUCUCAAGGCUAUGAGGCGGUACCUUCUACUGGGACAGGGGGACUUCAUCAGACAUCUCAUGGACCUGCUGGAGCCAGACCUAAACAAGCCGGCCAGCACUCUGUACCUGCACAACCUGACGGGUAUCCUGGAGACCGCUAUCAGGGCCACGAAUGCACAGUUUGACGACCCGGACAUCCUCAAGAGAAUAGAUGUACGACUUCUGGAGGUUUCCCCAGGGGACUGUGGCUGGGACGUCUUCAGUCUGGAUUACCAUGUGGAUGGGCCCAUCAGUACGGUUUUCACGCCAGAGACCAAGAUCCAGUACUUGCGAGUCUUCAACUUCCUCUGGCGAGCCAAACGUAUGGAGUACACCCUGACUGAGAUCUGGAAGGACCAGAUGACCAUCAACAAGCUGCUGCUCAAAACUGUGCCAGAAUUAGCGACCCUCCUCCACCGUUGCCACACCCUUUUGUCAGAGAUGGUGCACUUCAUUAACCAGAUGCAAUACUACAUCACUUUUGAGGUUCUGGAGUGUUCGUGGGAUGAGCUGUGGAAGAAGGUGAAGGAGUCCCCUGACCUUGACCACGUGAUCGCCUCUCAUCAAGUAUUCCUGGAAGACAUCAUAAAACACUGCUUACUGGAUGAUGAAUCUAGGGAACUUCUCACCCAGCUGAGGACCAUUUUCGACCUGAUCAUCAAGUUCCAGUCUGCAGAGAACACCAUGUACAAGAAAGCAGAGGAGGAGAUGAACCUCAGGCUCAGGUUUCUCCGCAGGAUCCAGGAGAACACAGAAAAGGGUAAGUGGGGCGUGACUGAGCUAGAUGAGGAAGAGGAGAGGACCAGAAUGGAGGAGUUUCGUGACAAGUUCCUCUCCAAGACGACUUCACAGCUGAGGGUGAUUUCACAGUCCUACCAGGACAUGGUACAGAACUUCCUACUGAUGCUGAACGAGCAUUCCGACCCGAGUCUUCGCUUUCUCAGCUUCCGUCUCGACUUCAACGGACACUACCACCAGCGCGAACCCAAACUCAACCGCUCCCUCAGCGUCAGUUACGCCAGAACUCGGCAACGGUCGGGAAAAGAAUUCUAACUUCCUCUCAAGGAUAAACUCUUUGUCUUCCAUGAGAUAGAACUGUUUCCUAUGAAUUCUGAAAUGUCUUGUAAACUGUCUUACAAAUUUUAAAGUCAAAUAUGUGAAUGGAAACUUUAUACAGUAGAAGACAGUUAAUUGCACUAAACCCCAAACCGGUGCGGCCCAGCUGCAGCUGGAUAACUUUGCAUUAUUGCACUAUCCGGAUAAUUGCAUGAAAUACGUGUCAAAUGGGGUGUGCAGUUAAACGGCUUCUACUGUAGUAAAAAUAAGAAUACCCUGACACAGAGAAGCAUUUGCUUCAAUUGACUUGUCUAUAACAAAUUAAGAUUUAGAGCUUGAAGGUUUGAAAUUAACUGUCUCAUCAGGCUGUCAGUAUGUACGCAAAGUUAGCUUGAAGCGCAAAUGUGACCUGCAUUUGAUGUGCAAGGCAAGUACAAGAGCUUUAUUUCCACAUACAUUGUAUAGAAACAGUUCUGGUUUAAGUUUUUAUGCACGGCAACAAUGUUUACUGGUACAAAAGAUUUCUAUUGUAUCUACAUGUAUGCAUUCAAUUAGUAGAAGUGGCUUAGCGUUGCCGUCCUCAAUGACUCUCCUGAGAGAAAAUACAUGCAGGUAUUUCCUCCCCAAGUGAUACACAAUUGUACCAGUAUUCUCACAGGAGCUGUGAGAUAAUGUUGCCUACUUUUCCCCUUUGGUUUGUAAGCUUAACAAAACAUGAAUGCUGUAUAUUAUUGUCUGAAAUCCCCUGAGUGAAAAGUUACAGGGAUGUGUUACACUGAUAUGAAAUCAGACAUGCACGAAUGGGUAACAUCCUGCCCCAAGGAUAUGUAUUUAUUGUUCAUGUCUGAGUGCACAUGAAUAAAUGAUAAAGGUAUACUGUGUGUUUCUCUAUUA